AUGCAGAAGACCUUACCAUGUGGGAACCUGCUGGAGGUGGUCUCUGUGGUCAAAGAUACUCUGAAGACAGCAUUCAGGGCCCCAGUGAAAAUGGCAGUGACAGGGGACUCUGGCAAUGGCAUGUCUUCCUUUACCAAUGCUCUGCAGGACAUCGGGCACAAAGAGGAGGCCUCAGCUCCUACUGGGGUGGUGAGAACCACCCAAACACAUGCCUCCUACUUGUCCUCCAGUUUUCUGAACAUGGAGCUCUGGGAUCUGCCCAGCAUGGGGACUUGUCCACAGAGUGUGGAGAACUAUGUGGUGGAAAUGGAGUUUAGCGAGUAUGACCUCUUCAUCAUUGCAUCCAAACAGUUCAGCAUGAAUCAUAUGAUGCUUGCCAAAACCAUUGAGGGGAUGGGAAAGAAGUUUUACGUUGUCUGGACCAAACUGGACAGGGACCUCAGCACAAGUGUGCUCAGGGAGGAGCAGCUCUUAAAGAAUAUCCAAGAGAAUAUUCUGGAAAAUCUCUGUAAGGAGCAGGUGUGUGAGCCCCCCAUAUUCCUGGUCUCUAACUCUGACCCUUUUUUGCAUGACUUCCCAAAGCUCAGGAACACAUUGCAAAUGGACCUAAUCCAUAUCAGAUGCCAUGGUCCCCUUCAGAAGCUGUCCCAUAACUUUGAGGCGAUCAUUAAUGACAAAGUAACCUCCCUGCUGGAGAGAAUAUAUGCAGAGCCUUUCCAGAAGACCCUAGAAAAUCAGGAUCCGGAUGAUUCAGAGAAGUGUCUGAAAACCUAUGAAUCACUCUUUGGUGUGGAUGAUGAAUCUCUCCAGCUUGUGGCACAGAGAAUGAGGACAGCAACCUUUGAGUACAAGAACAUCAUGAAGUCCCAGGAUCUGCAGACUCUCGGCACAUGGGACAAGGCAAUUUCUUGGAUAAGUUGUAACACGGCCUAUUACUUAUCAAGUAUUUUUUAG